UCAUUAUAAAUGACGGAGCACACAUACGGUAAAAAUCCGCUUCAUUUUCCACCUUCAAACGCUCACAGAAAGUAUCAAAAAAUCGUCGCUCGAAGAAAUCAUGUCUUACACUGAGGGGGGUGAGAUGCAAUUGAAGCACCUACAGUUUGUGAGGAUUAUCGCGAUCAAUACUGCGGUGAUUGUAUCAAAUCUCUAUGAUUACGCCAAGCAGAAUUCUGGUCCUCUUAAAUCUGCUGUUGAAACUGUGGAAAACGCCGUCACAGCUGUUGUUUGCCCCGUUUAUGAGAAAUUUAGAGGCUUUCCUGGUGAUCUACUUGUUUUCCUUGAUAAGAAGUUGGAUGAAGGAACUUACAAAUUUGACGAGUAUGCGCCACCUUUGGCCAAGAAGGUAGUGAGCAAAACCCAAUCUCUUGUCAAGAAGGCAUCUCAAAUAGCCUAUGAUUUAGCAGAGGAGACUAAGGUUGGUGGCCCAGGUGCUGCCCUUUCCCUUGCUGGGACGAUGUCCAAGCAUUUUGCCAUGAGCCACUUGGCCAUUGUGUGGUACAAAGUUGACCAUUAUCCAGCCUUGCAUGGAUUGACAGAAAUGGCUGUUCUGACAGCUGCGUACUUCUCCGAGAAGUACAACAAAUUGGUUAAGGACUUGACGGCAAAAGGUUAUAGUGUAUUUGGCUAUCUACCAUUAGUUCCUAUUGAAGAAAUGGCCAAUGCGUAUAAGAAGGUAGAGACAGCCGCAGCUAAGAAGGAAGAUGCUAGUAGCUCGAGUGAAGAAAUGGCCAAGGCGUAUAAGAAGGUAGAGACAGCCGCAGCUAAGAAGGAAGAUGCUAGUAGCUCGAGUGAAAGUGAAUUAGACAAGGAAUAGAGUAGAAGAGGCAUAUUAUGUUUAUUGUGUAGUGUGCUUUGCUAUGUAUCAGUGUGUGAUGGGCCUUUCUUGGCCUCUUCGUAAAAAUGUGAAUUGGAAGUAAGUGGCUUUUAAAAUUGUAACAUGCUUGGUAUGCUAUACUGAGUAUUGCUAAAUCGUCAAACUUGUAUAUAGUCUUAUGUGGUUAAUAUAACCCACAGAAUUGAUCUUCUAUUCACAGUGUGCAGAAAUCUUUGAUGCC